GACUCGGCCGCCGCUGUGGACGUGCCGUCGACGCCGCUGCAAACCGAUGUCGAUAACCCGGGCGACAGCGUCGCACACGAAGCCACACGAAGCCAGAAGGCACACGAAGCCAGCACAAAGGUGCAGGAGGUGGUUGCCCUCGUCGCUCGCGCGGCUGAGCACGUCAAGGCCACCGGAGAGUUCUGCUUCGACAAGGCCAAGGACGCUCUCGGGGAACGCCACGGAGACAGGGCUCUGGCCGCCCUGGCCGGCGUCGCGGUCGGCUACACUUUGCACGCUCUCGUUGCAUACAGGGGCAGCAAACGCAUCGCGUGA